GUCAGACGAACCGAAUUCAAUCUUUUUAAGUACGAUAACUACAACAUAUAAGUUAUAUAUCACCAAAAUCAUGAUGAUAAAGAAAGGUAGCAUAUAUUUGACGCUCUUAAUUUUAGUCUGCCCGUCAAGACAAUUACAGCACGGAAUAGCCGAAGUGGAAAGCAUUGAAUCAAAAGUUCGAGAUAGAGACACGAAGAUACAUAGUAACUUGGACUAUGUCGAUGGCCUAUCUGCAACUGCGCUUGCUUCGGACUUCGAGGAAAAUGAGUGCUCAUAUACCUUUAAAGUGUCUUCGAUGACGAGGACGGGAAAUACGUGUAAUGCACCAAAUGACAAACACCGCAGUGCUAGUCGAAAGAAACUAAGGUCUGUGCAGAGAGCUUACUUAAACAUAAGCACCAAUGUGUUUAGAUUGGAACAGAAAAUUCAAAGUAUCGAAGAACGUCUGGAAAAACAAACAGAAGUGAUAAGAAAACUACAAAAAUAUAUUUUAACUGAAGCAAAUGGAGUAGAAUGCGACCGAACCACAGGAUGGAUCCGAUACAACAACUCAUGCUACUGGUUCAGUCCACGUGACUACGAAUCUUCAUGGAAGAAUGCAAAUAUUAUUUGCAAGAGUCUCGAGGAUGGCGCUGUGCUAGGAGUUUUAAAUGAUGAGCAGGAAGCAAGUUUCGUGUUGGCUCAUGCUGAUCUUGUCAACAGGCAAAGUUUAUGGUGGUUAGGCUGUCAGAAACUCGGCAAGGUCAAUAAGUGGACUUGUGUUGACGGCUCACCGCUCAGAUUUAUCAGAUGGGCUGCCAAUAAGCCGACCAACUAUUACAAUGACCGGUGCCUACAGCUUGGGAAUCUUCCACAGAUGGCAUUUACAGACACACAAUGUAACCAGAAAUGGGCUUUUGUUUGCGAGAAGAAAAUAUUCUGAAAUGCUUAUCCCAAUAAUGGUACUGGUAGAGGGGAAAUUACGGGAAAGUGAUAAUUUUCAAUAGGGUGCUCACUGUAAAAAUGAAGUGAUCCUACAUUCUUCGUAAUACCCCACAUUUCUGAUGAAGCAAACGUAAGGGGAAUAAAAGUCUAUAUAUUAUUAAAACAUGAUUUGCUUUUGCAAUUUGAAACAUAUUAAAAGUUGAUAAGGAUUGUGGUUUUUAAAAAUAAGCAAUAAUUAAAAUAUUUUAUAUUGUGUACUAAAUUUUAUUAGUUUUUCCUGCAGUAUGCUUUAUUCUAAUUGAGAUAUUUCAGAAUCUUAAAUAAACUGAAAUUUGACUUUAGACGGUCACAGUGGACAAAAUCGAAUGCAAAGUUUUUCAAGAUUACUGCCUAAUUUCUACCUGUUCUGUGCUGUGCACUUCAACAUGGAACCAAGGGGGUCUGGGGACGCAUCCGCACAAAUUUUCACUCCUUAACUAUUCCGCAGGAAAACAAAUUUGAUAUAUUUUACAAUGUAUUUUUCCAAGACAUAAAAGGGGUGUUUGACAAAAAAAAAAACUCGGGAACUAUUAAUGAGAUAAAUUUUUUAAUAUUUAAAAACUGGGAUGGGGAAGAGGAGGAGCGUAACCACCAUUUUCUUUUUGUAUCAUUAUAAAAAAAAAACAUUUCCUCUUUAGCCUGGCUUUAAGAGUCAAACUACGUAGAAAUGAAGAAGUAAAAUUAUGAAAUGUCAUGUUGUUCUUCUCAUUGGAACCUACAAAUGUUAUUUUUUAUUAGGCCUAUUAAUUUUUGAAACUAUUGUAUAUCAAACGUUUUAAACAGUAAAGUAAAAUAAACCAAUCACAUUAUUUCACUUUGUAAUUGAAUUGGUGGGUCGUGAGUAGCUUAGCUCAGUCGAUAGGGCAUAUCCAUACAUUUUCUGAGGGGAUAGGGGCGCAAUAAGUAGUCCACACCCACUAUGGUUUGGGCUGUGGUGAGCAAAUUUUAAGAAUAGGCGCUUAGAAGUGACAUCUCAAAUUGUAAAAAUUCUUUUUCAAAGGAGUGUUCCUCGACAAAAUUAUUGACUUUUUCCCAACGGGACCUAAGCUCUCCCUCCCUUAGACACCCGGCCCUCCCUUAGACACCCGGCCCUCACGGGCGUCGCGAAGGUCCGAUGGAUGAGAGAGUUUAUUCUAUACUGGGCCGGAGUCGUAAUGCUGUGAACUUAGAACCCACUGUCCAAGAGAAUAUUUUGUGAGAGACGUACUCUAGUGCCCGGAUCAAUAAAUUGGUUCACAUGCAUUAUAUUAUUAAAGGUUCAGGCCUAAUAAGAGAACAGAUAGGGUAUAAGCACCAAUUUAAAAAAUAAAUUUUCAAGAAUGAACAGUUACGUAACGCUAGGACCAGGGACCCAUGACUUUCUGAGACUGGGGAACUGUUUGGUCCCGGUCGCCAAUUCCAUUGUGGAUUUUUUGUAUUCUAAAUAUUUUAACGACGACGUGCGGUCACUCAUCAACCAUCUCUAAUAACUCAGCUGCGUCUGUACAGCAAUUAGCGCCCUCUGUCGACAUACAACAAUUUGGUAAUAAACUCUGCCUUUCUUGAGAAUGUAAUAGUCCAACUUCUAUCAACCAAUGAAAACAUUGUAUUAGGUGGCGGAGUACAAUGGGACGAGACGAAUGGAAUACAAAAGCACAAAUGGAACUAAAAUUUUAUGAUGAGUGACGGAAUGAUGUAAAUGAAACGAAAUAAGAUAAUCAAAUAACAAUGAUCUAUUUUAGGGGUGUUAUAAAAUAGAACUAUAGAGUAAUAAA